CACCAUACAUUUAUUGGGUUUACUUAUCAGCGAGGCACGUUCAUACGGGGUAGUAUAUUCCAUAGCAAGCGACAAGACUCAGUUCAUAAUGGUGAAUCUUGGAGAUACUUUCCCAAACUUUGAGGCUGACACAACAAUUGGAAAGAUUAAAUUCCAUGACUUUAUUGGGGACAGUUGGUGCAUCCUGUUUUCCCACCCCGCGGAUUACACCCCUGUCUGCACGACCGAGCUGGGGAAAUGCGUGGAGCUGGAGCCAGAGUUCAAGAAGAGGGGGGUUAAGAUGAUCGCCCUCUCCUGUGAUGACGUCCCCAGUCAUGAGGGGUGGUCAAAGGACAUCAUAGACUACGUCAAGUGCUCGUCAGACAAACUCCCAUACCCCAUCAUUUCCGACAAAAGCCGAGAUUUGGCCGUGAAACUGGGCAUGGUUGAUCCAGCCGAAAAGGACAAUGCAGGCCUUCCACUUACUUGUCGUGCAGUAUUCAUCAUUGGCCCGGAUAAGAAACUGAAACUGUCAAUGCUUUACCCAGCAACCACUGGCCGAAAUUUCGCUGAAAUUUUGAGAGUCAUCGAUUCCCUCCAGCUGACAAUGAACAAAAAAGUCGCAACACCCGAGGGAUGGCAGCAAGGAGGCAAGUGUAUGGUCUUACCCUCCAUCCCCCAAGAGGGCAUAGAAAAGGUGUUCCCUAAGGGUGUCACCGUCCAGCCCGUACCCUCGGGCAAGGCCUACUUGAGGUUCACCCCACAGCCAGAGUAAAUAGAUUUGGCUUCCAUGAAGACCAUUCUGGAAAACAGAAAUUUGGACAUUAUACCAUGUACGCAGUUCUGUAACAACGCGAUGCUUUCAGUUGUAUUGUUCAAUCAUGUAUUUUUGUUAUGAAUGGAAAAAAAUUUUGUUCAUUAAAUUUCAUAUAAAA